AUAUUGACAGUUCCAGAGUUACUUUUUAUUUCUUUAUUUUUUUUUUUUCAAACUCUCACCAGGUGUAUUUUAAUAAACGCUCGUUGGACACACAACGGUCCGUGCCGUGAAUCGAAAGUAAAUUCGAUACGAAUUUUUAACGAAAUCUCGAAAUUUUUCACCGCUAAGACUAGGUCGGAAUCCCCUGUUGAAUCGUCGUUGGUCUUCGUUUUCAAACGAUCGCGGAGGAAAAGUUUUACCGAUUCGACCGGUGCGACGGAUGCGCGUAUUCAGCGUUGUGACCGGGAAUACCCUCAAUCCGAACAUGAUGAACUUGAUGUGCACCGAAUCGCAGAAGGUGUCCGAGGACAAGUGCUUUGCCGAAGACCGGUCUAUAUUCCGGGACGAACGUGCGGUCAAGAAAUUGUUGGAGACCGAGUCACAGUAUGUGCCCGAAUGCGAUUACAUGGCGCACUCCGGUGCCAAUCUACAGCCCUUCAUGAGAAGAGUGGUGGCUACUUGGAUGUUGGAUGUAUGUGAAGAACAAAACUGCGAAGAUCAAGUGUUUCCGUUAUCUGUAAAUUUCCUUGACAGAUUCUUAUGCGCUUGUGAUAUAUCGAAAACGCACUUGCAGCUCACCGGUGCCGUAUGUCUAUUACUAGCUUCUAAAGUGCGACAAUGUACUGCACUUUCCAUUGAACUUUUAUGUUACUAUACUGAAAACAGCGUAACUCCAGAAGAGAUGAGGGAAUGGGAGUUAUUGGUUAUUUCUAAACUCGAAUGGAGAAUUGUUGCAGUCACCAGUUUUGAUUAUGUGGAUCACAUUUUGGAACAAAUCAAGUGGAAAAGACGAAAUGAUUCGAUGUUACGAAGACAUAUGCUGACGCUUAUCUCUUUUUGCUAUAUCGAACCCGAAUUCAUUGUAAAAAAACCGUCCGUAAUGGCCGCUUCGUGCAUGCUGUCCGCUAUCCGCGGUAUCGACCCGGCCGCGGCCACUGAGGUGGCCGUUCAGCUGUGCGGUCUGCUGGCGUGCUCGACGGCCGAGGUGGACGAACUCGUGUCGCUCAUCGACGCAUUGGUGGCCAGCACGACAAGCGCCGCGACGCCGGAGAAGUCGGAGAACAACAAUCCCGCGGCCGAGCCGCCGGUCAAGAAACCGUACCAGGUGCAGGACUGCAGCGUGCACGGUGGCUUAUGAGAAUAGUAAUACUGUGUUCAGUUUAUUUCAGUUUUUAUACUUCAUUGCUCUAUAGUUUGCAAGUACGACGAAAGCCGAAACCGAAGUCGUAUGGUUUUUAUUUGUUUUUUUUUUUUUUUGUAUUUUAUUAUUUUCCCCGUAGGCAUUUGAACAAAACUUCUCUCGUCAACGUGUACGUAUAUUAUAAUAUUUUAUACAGGAAAAUUCCACGCAAAAAUAUUUCUGUUUUUCUUUUGCGUCUUUUUUUUUUUUACCCCGACCAUCGAGAAGGAAACUUCAGUGUUAGCUAAACUCUAGUUCAUUGAGAGCGUAUAUUAUAUUAGACUCGUCUUUUCCCCCUUCUUUCGUGUAAUAAUUCAGAAUAUAAACAUCGAAAUAUAUUUCGAUUUUUUUCUACCUCAUAUUCCGCA